GAGGCCAGUCCGAAACGUUACAUUCCACCGAGGCUGGGCGACUGCCGCGAGACGACCGAGUUGAGGAAUCGCGUCGUCAUUCGUUCGUUCGAUAUAAAUAGUACCAGAGGAACUCAACCGCCCAGAGGCCAGGGAUUGGGGGGGGAAGGCCACAUACUCGCUCCUUCCUAUCACAGCUGCUGUCGUUGUGAAAGACGCUGUGAUCCCGAGGCACUGGGAGGAUGUUGUGGCGAGUCUAACAGCCCAAUCGUGGUCAACGGGCAACGUUUCUUCUGGAUGUUGAACGAUGGCGCAAGGAGGCGCAUCGUGGGAGCUGAAGAUCGCUGUGGAAGAACUGGGUGCUGAGGCGGAUCCCAUCACCUUGAGAGUUAACGGCGAUGUGCACAUUGGUGGUGUCAUUCUUCAGCUUGUGGAGAAAAUUGAGAUAAAGAAGAAUUGGUCAGACCAUGGGCUGUGGUGGGAACAGAAGAAUCGCUGGGUUCUGAAAACGAACUGGACCCUGGAUAAGUACGGAAUCCAGGCGGAUGCGAGGCUGCUUUUCACCCCUCAGCACAAGUCAUUACGCCUUCAACUGCCCAACCUCAAAACCGUCAAACUGAAAGCCAGCUUCUCCUGUCCCGUCUUCAGCUCCAUCAUUGGCAUCUGUAAGAUACUCGAUAUCCGUCACCCGGAGGAGCUAUCCCUGCUGAAACCUCUAGAUGAUCCCAACCAGCGGAGAAAGAAAAAGGAGAAGGAUAGCGAACCCGAGGAAGAGGUGGUGGACUUGGAACGUCUCAUCCCGUCUCGAGGAACACAAAACCAGAGAUAUAACCAGCCGAAUGGAGCUCACUACCUGAGGGAUAGCCCGGAGGGAGAAUCCGCCUACCAGAUCCUGACGGUCAGUCAGCCCAGUAUGUCCCCUGAGCAGAUGGCCAAACUAUACAGACCGAGUUCACUGAUCGAUAAGGCACAGAUCCACAGCAGGUGGUUGGAUUCCUCUCGUUCCCUGAUGUCGCAGGAGAUCAAGGAGAAUGAUAAACUCCUGAUCCGGUUCAAAUAUUUCAGCUUCUUCGACUUGGAUCCCAAGAGACCGUAA